AAUUAUGUUAUGGCUUCAAGUAGUAGUGACGAAAGUUCCAAAGCACCAGAAAACUUUCAAGUAUCCAGCACAUCCAAUGAUGAAGAUGACGAGAUUUUAGAGUUGAAUGGCAAAUUCCUGAAAAAGAAUCGACUAAAGGUUACACGCAAAACUGCUGGUGGCAAUGGUCAUGGUGAUGUCAGUUUAGAUGCAGCUCCAUCGCUGAAAUGUUUCCUUUGUCUAACACAACAACAUCGAUUUCACUGCCGUGAUUGUGUGAAGUCUGGGUACAUAACGCGUAAGGGACAACCGCAUGGGGAAUGUUUAUCUGAAAAACAACAACAAUUUCUUAAGGUCAAAGCAAAACUGAACGAAUUUGGUCAACAAUAUGAAAAGCUAAUAAAAGAAAAGCGAACAAGUGAAAAUAUACGUUUUGAAAUUAAAAGGCAUCAAGAGCAAGUCCAACUGUUGCAACAUCUAAUAGCUAAUAAAAAAUCCACAUUGCUUGCCCUGCAAGAGAAACGUAAUGAAUUAUCUAAAGCUAAUUCCGAUAAAAAGAAAACAUUGCCAAAAUAUCCAAUAAAAGUUAAAGAACUCGAAGAUUAUGUACUGGAUCGUAUAGAGAAGAUAGAUAGUUUGCGGGAACGUCACAAUACACUGUUGGAUACACUAAAAGAUGUUACACGACGUGGUAUACGACAAUUGGUUGAGUAUAUAUUUCCCAUAUCGGAAAUUGUGCUCAAAGAUGAGAAGACAACAGUUACGGCGGGAGGACAACAGCAACAACAACAACAUCAGCAGCUGCAAAAUAAAACACCAAACUCCCCCACGGAAGAUGCAGAAACGAUAGCCGCAUUGGCAGAUGCCAAAAAUACUUCGUACAUACGUGGUAAAUGGGUGAUCCACAGCAGUGGCAUUAGUGAAAUGCAAUAUCGUAUUGUGGCUCCGUCUUUGCCAGCGAAUGGGGAUUAUUCGGCCUAUCUGGAUUGGUUAAAGGAUAACAAAGAUGAUGUACCAAAGACAACGGCAAAUGAAAUUGCACCCAGUCGGGUUAGUGCUUUUCGCAUUGUGGGCGCAUUGACAUACACGGCUCAGUUGACACAAUUGAUUUGUUACUAUUUGAAUGUGCGUCUGCCAUACAAGGUGGCAUAUGGUGAUUUUUGUCGAAAACUCAAUGAAGAACAAUUCCUACGUAAAGUAUCCCGUCUCAACUCGAACAUUAUGUAUCUGGCAUAUACGCAGCAGGUUAAAUUACGUUCCCUUAACGAAAAUCAUACAUUGGAAAAUUUGCUAAUAUUAUUGGAUCCGGAAAAAAGUGAUUUAGGCCGUCAUGGGUUUCAAGAGGUCGGUAAUGCACCGCUUAUGAAAUCAGUUGACUCGUUACUAUUGCUGAUAGAGACCGCCACGGAAUCUGAAUCGGAAGAUGAAAACUCAUUCCGUUUGGAUUGGGAAGAUGUACCUAAUUUGCCCACACAACAUGAUAUUAUUAAUACCAAUUUAAUAACACCAGCCUCGGGCCAACAACACCAACAACAAUCCACCAUUGCCGAGGGUCUUAUGACAUCGGCAGCCAAUCGUAUAACUUCUAUAUUUCGUUGGAUGAAGUAGAUUUUUUUUAGA